AUGAGGACCAACAGAAAGCUGUGCUUUGUGCUGGUGCUUCUGGUUCCAUUAAGCUUCUUCUGCUUCCAUUUGUUGACCAGAUCUGACAAAGUGGUGGCGCUGUGGAAUAGAGAAGCCCCUACGGAUAUCCUGGAUACCACUAUACUACAGCCUGUAGACAAAUAUGCUCACAUAUCAUUGAAAUGGAAAGAUGAAGUUUUAGAGUCAUACAAUCCAACUGACAAGUUUAUUGUUGCUGGAGCCAACUCCCCACUGCAAUAUCCAGUACAAGGCUUGGAGGUCCGACCGCUAAAAACAAUGCUGAUACCAGGCUUAAGUUUACUGGAUCUCAAUAAAAAAGACAAAUAUGAGGUGAGCCUCACAGGUGCAAUUGGGACAUUUGAUGUGGCUGCAGAAGUAGAUGGGGUGACAAUAAGAGGUGCAAGUGAAAAACAGAUCACGUUAUCCAGCCCUCUUCUGGACAAUCUGAAUCGCCAGCUCCAGCUAAUUUCAUAUACCAACACCAUUUUUCACCCAGAUACAGCAGAUAUUGUUCAGUUUCAGACAAGUGGACACACUGCAGCAUUUACAAUUAAGGUCCGCCAUCCCAAAGUUCCUAAAUUGUACGAUGGAGGACCUAGUAACUCAAACUACAACAUUAGUGCCCUCGUCACCAUAGCGACCAAAACAUUCCUUCGUUAUGACAAGUUGCAGAAUCUAAUAGACAGCAUCAGGAGAUUUUACCCUACUGUAACCAUCAUUAUAGCUGAUGAUACUGAAAAACCCCAGAAAGUUGAAGGUGCUUAUGUUGAACAUUACAUCAUGCCAUUUGGAAAGGGUUGGUUUGCUGGUAGAAAUCUGGCCAUCUCCCAAGUGACCACAAAGUACGUCUUGUGGGUUGAUGAUGACUUCAUAUUUUGUUCUCGCACCAAGAUCGAGAAACUGGUUGAUGUUCUAGAGAAGACAAGUCUAGACCUGGUUGGUGGCGCUGUGAGGGAAAUUACAGGAUUUUCUACAACGUAUCGACAGAAGAUUACUGUCCAAUCAGGUGGCAAAGAAGGUGACUGCCUUAGCACGACUCAAGGUUAUCACCAUGUCAUUGAGGGAUUUCCCAACUGUGUGGUGGCCGAUGGAGUGGUGAACUUCUUCUUGGGACGAACAGAAAAAAUGUUGAAAGCUGGUUUUGACCCACGGUUGUCAAGAGUUGCUCAUUUAGAAUUCUUUAUAGACGGACUACGAGAACUGCAUGUAGGUUCGUGUGAUGAUGUCAUUGUAGACCAUGCUUCAAAAAUCCACCUUCCAUGGUCACAAACGCAAACGGAUAAAGAAUAUUCAAAAUUCCGUUAUCCUGAAGCAUCCAUUAGAAAAAAUAUCCAACAUGAGUUGUUUUACUUUAAAAAUCGCUUCAAGUGCAUGACUGGAAACUGAAAG